AAUAGCUCAGGUCCCCACCUUAGAGGCUGCCUUGGCGAUGGUGGGUGGCAACCCUAGUGGAGGGUACGCCUGCUGCAAUAUUGAUCUAAAUAACCAGGGUCGCCAGGUCCGUGAGGGCCAGAACUACUCAGCUGAGGCUGUGAUUAGGAUUCCGAGGCGCCGUUCCUCACAAAGGCGGCGGCGCACCACAUUCAAAUUCACACUGUGGCAGGUGGAGGAAAUGGAAAAAUUGUUCAAAGAAACCAAGUACCCAGAUACGCUGGCCAGGAAGGAACUUGCACAAGCUUUGAAUAUUCCUGAAGUCAAAGUGAAGACAUGGUUCAUCCAUCGGAGAGCAGAAGAGAGGAAGAGAGAGAGAGGUCUGUAGCAUUACAGAGCAUAUCUCCUCGUAUUGAAAGGGUCAUUCUCCUUAGGGAAAGGGAGGACUAUCCCUAG